AUGAAGCCAGUUUCAAAGCCCAGGGCCUACAUGAGCUCCACCGUGCGCUCAGAGGCGGAGCAGAGAGCUCCAUGUCUGUUUCUGAUUAAAUGUUUUUCCCCUCUUUCACGUUUUCUGCUCUGAAACGACCUCAUCGCACGGAUUCCCUCCUCUCUCCGAAGGCCCCUGAACGCACCACUAAAAAUGUACCCAAACAUGUAGCAGAGACAUCCACCCAGCCUCAGCCUUCUUCCCGGUUUAUUCCUCAUUCAUCGCAGCACAUGCUCAUCUCUGCAUACCGCGGCGUCCCGAAAACGCCGAAAUCCCGGUUAAUCCUCCUGAUCACCGGCGGCGGCAGCUCGUCUUUCAGCGCCGUCAGCGAGAAACAGGCUUUAAAUGUUACUUUACCUUUGGAGGGAAUGAAGAUGCGCGUCUGUCUGUCUGUCUGUCUGCGUGUGUGUGUGUGUGUCCCGUGCAGGCUGGCCGGCUCGGUGACCUUGGAGCAGGAGAAAAAGAUGCGUGUGUCUGUGUUGUGGACGGCUCGGUGUUUGAAUUUCCCGAGUGAGCCGCUGCCUGACGUCGAUCUGUCGCGGGCUGCAGAGGGCGGUGCUGCCUCCGUGCUAUUUUAA